GAAUCGGCAGCAUGGAUCGUCUCUCUGUCUGUCCAUAGACAAACUGCCCCCAUCUACAGAUAAAGAAAGAGGAGUGUCAGUGUUAGACUAGCCCUAACCUGUUCUCUCUCUUUCUCCUUCAUUUUCACCUCUGUUACACUGUCUCACUACAUUGGCGCCUUGGGAGACAAGAGAGAGGCUUGUCUCUGCUGUUCUCUCUCUUUUUCUCUCGUUCUCCCUCUCCUGGGACCUAAUGCAGUAGCGCCCCUAUACCAGGCGGAGGAGGAACCCACCAGGGCUCAACAACGGCACAGUAUGGGUGACGAAAGCUACAACUUUGUCUUCAAAGUGGUUCUGAUUGGUGAGUCUGGUGUUGGGAAAAGCAACCUGCUGUCUCGCUUCACCAAGAAUGAGUUUAACCACGACAGCCGCACCACCAUCGGAGUGGAGUUCAGCACCCGCACUGUUCAGUUGGAUACCUUCGCCAUCAAGGCUCAGAUCUGGGACACGGCAGGGCUGGAGAGAUACAGAGCCAACACCUCCGCGUACUACAGAGGGGCGAUGGGGGCUCUGCUGGUGUAUGACAUCACCAAGCACCUAACCUAUGAGAGUGUGGAGCGUUGGUUGAAGGAGCUGUACGACCACACCGACCCCCACAUGGUGGUCAUGCUGGUGGGCAACAAGAGUGAUCUGGAUACCCUGAGGACCGUGCCCACCGAGGAGGCCAAGGACUUCACAGAAAAGAAUGGCCUCUUGUUUAUGGAGACGUCAGCUCUGGAUUCUACCAACGUUGAAGCUGCUUUCCAGGAAGUUCUCACAGCGAUCCACAAGAAGGUGGCCAGUCGAGAGGUGCCCCGCGUGUCCAUCACUGCCUUGACCCUGUCCAGUACUAUUGGAACAGCUAGCGACGCCCAGGAGAAACGCAGUACCUGCUGCAAGAACCUCUGACUGGUUCUGACCAGGUUUGACCUGUUCUAUCCGAUUAUCUUCAUUUCUACACAGAAUCUUCCUACUCUGCCCUCAUUCAGGUUAAAGGGAAUAGUGUAUAGGACUGUCCAAACCAAAGACCAGGCAAGUCAAAUCAAGUCACAUUUAAUUUACAGUGCAUUUCACAAUUCUCAACAAGACUGAUUUAAGAGACAUGCCACAUUUAUGUACAGUUGAUCAAUGUUGACACUAUUGGUGCUACUGCUUGGCUAAAUGUUGCUGACCACAACAUAUUUUUCUUCUUCUGUAUGCUCGUUUUUAAACUUUAUUAGUUAUUAUACAGCAAAUAAAUCUUGAUUUGGUAUAUUCGAAAGGAGGAACUACUUUAUUUUGGUAUAUACAUCAUGUCAGGUUGACCACAUAAAAAAAAACGCAAAUGCGGAACAGCGGUAUGAUUUGCGUGAUAUUCGAGUGACAAUGUAGCUUACACACACACACACAAAUCCCCCUCCCGCUGCACUAACAGAGCUAAUUGAAUAGCACGUAGCAUAGUCUUUUGCCUCACGCAAAAUUUGGUGAUGCAGAAACGAGAGACCACUUUUGUGGCUGUUUUAUGAAAAUCUGCAAAUAUUUGGCCAAGAAAACGUUUCUUGUUGGUCUCAGGGAAUGUAAAACAGUUAGGAUGGGAGACUUAAAACCUCUCUGGGAUAGGGGGCAGCAUUUUCACUUUUGGAUAAAUAGCGUGCC